AUGCCUCGAGGCCGCGAGUUCACGAGAAUUUCGAGUAAAUUAUCAAAAGAUUCGAAGCCUGAAAGACUGCAAGACUCAAAGCCUGGAAGACUGCAAGACUCGAGGCCUGGAAGACUGCAAGACUCGAAGCCUGGAAGACUGCAAGACUCGAAGCCUGGAAGACUGCAAGACUCGAGGCCUGGAAGACUGCAAGACUCGAGGCCUGGAAGACUGCAAGACUUGCAGCCUGGAAGACUGCAAGACUCGAGACCUGGAAGACUGCAAGACGCGAAGCCUGGAAGACUGCAAAACUGGAAGCCUGGAGGACUGCAAGACUUGCAGCCUGGAAGACUGCAAGACUCGAAGCCUGGAAGACUGCAAGACUCGAAGCCUGGAAGACUGCAAGACUCGAGGCCUGAAAGACUUCAAGACUCGGAGCCUGGAAGACUGCAAGACUUGCAGCCUGGAAGACUGCAAGACUUGCAGCCUGGAAGACUGCAAGACUUGCAGCCUGGAAGACUGCAAGACUCGAAGCCUGGAGGACUGCAAAACUUGAAGCCUGGAAGAAGACUGCAAGACUCGAGGCCUGGAAGACUGCAAGACUCGGAGCCUGGAAGACUGCAAGACUCGGAGCCUGGAAGACUGCAAGACUCGGAGCCUGGAAGACUGCAAGACUCGGAGCCUGGAAGACUGCAAGACUCGAAGCCUGGAAGACUGCAAGACUCGAGAUCUGGAAGACUGCAAGACUCAAGGCCUGGAAGACUGCAAGACUUGCAGCCUGGAAGACUUCAAGACUUGCAGCCUGGAAGACUGCAAGACUGGAAGCCUGGAGGACUGCAAGACUCGAAGCCUGGAAGACUGCAAGACUCGAGGCCUGAAAGACUGCAAGACUCGAGAUCUGGAAGACUGCAAGACGCGAAGCCUGGAAGACUGCAAAACUGGAAGCCUGGAGGACUGCAAGACUCGAAGCCUGGAAGACUGCAAGACUCGAGGCCUGGAAGACUGCAAGACUCAGAGCCUGUGUACUGGAGGUCGGGGGUGGCAAGUCUCGUGGAGGUUCACUGUCCCUCCGGCAGAUACCACGUGGCGGGUCACAAUUUCUCUGCCUUGCCACUGCGGGCGUCGUGGACGUUGUCAGGGCGGCGGUCUCUGGCGCGGCAGAAGAUAGUGAGUUGCAUGGGUGGGCAGGUCGAUAAAUCCUGA